GCUUGAUAGAGAGGCGGAAUUGCAGAGCUCACAGAAGGGGGGGUCACGAUGGGCCGUUUCCUGCCUCUGUAAACAGGUACGAGCUUAUUACGCUAUCAGAACGGAAUUAUGUAAUUCCGCCUCAGCAAUCGUUCCAAACUUGUCAUACUUAAAGUUGACUGACAGGGUUGUGAGGAGGAGUAUAUAAAGACGGGGACUCAGCCUUUGCCACUACCGUCAAAGUCCUGCCGGCGUUUUGUGGAUGUAGCGAAGUUAACCAAGUGGACUUUACAUUUUACGCACCGGGUUAUAGGAGUUAUUCGUUUUUUAUUACACUAUUCAUAUUUAUUAGAACAAUAUAUGUGUAAUUACCACCACUUAUUAUUGGAUAUCUAACGGAUUUUUUCAAAAGGGGAUUUGCACUUUCGUUUGGCGAUAUGAUACUCAGGAGAAGUCUCAACUUGCUGCCCAUUUUAUUACUUUGCUCCUCAGCGCUACCUCAAGAAGAUGGUGAAGUUACUAUGGAUGACGACACGACGUUUGACCUGUUUGAAAUUAGCGGUAUCACACGCAAGACUCUCGGCGCCAAGCAAUUCCGUGGUCAAGACACGGACAAUCCCGCCUACCGCUUUAUCCGCUUUGACCAUUUACCUUCUGUACGCGCACCUGUGCUUAAACAGAUGCUUCAGCAAAUACAGAACAACGAGGGCUUCGUGUUCGUAGCCAGCAUGCGCCAAGACCGCGGAUCCCGGGGAACACUCAUCGGAUUGGAAGGCGCAAAUGGCCAGCGUCAGUUUGAAAUCGUGUCCAAUGGUCGCGCGAACACGCUUGACCUUGUCUAUUGGGUUGACGGCUCCCAAAAUGUUGUGUCCUUCGAGGAAGUUGAUCUGUCUGACUCGCAGUGGAAGAAUAUCACGCUUCAUGUGCAUGGCGAAAACGCGAAUUUGUUUGUUGGCUGCAGUCUCAUUGAUAGCUUCAUCUUGGAUGAGCCAUUUUACGAGCACCUGCAGGCGGAGGGGAGCAGAAUGUUCGUGGCCAAGGGAACCAUCCGCGAAAACCACUUCAGGGGUUUACUGCAGAAUGUGCGCUUCAUGUUCGACACCUCAGUGGAUGACAUUCUCAGGAGCAAAGGGUGUGAAGUCACUAAACCAGACGAGGUCAACGCGGUGGUGAGUGAGAGCACAGAGGUGGUGGACACGAGUCCGUCCACAGCCAUCACCACCAACGUCAUCGGCCAGAAGACGGAGAAGGUUGGGGCGGAGAUGUGUGAGCGGUCCUGUGAGGAGCUCAGCGUCAUGUUCCAGGAGCUCAAAGGGCUACGUGUCGUCGUGGGGAACCUCAUCGACGGUCUGCAAAAAGUGACAGAGGAAAACACAGUGAUGAAGGAAGCCCUGGGGAAGAUGAAGAACUCCAAGGAGAAGCACAUGUGCUGGCAGGACGGACGACUGUUUGAAGAUAAGGAGGACUGGGUAGUGGACAGCUGUACGACUUGUACCUGCCAGGACUCGAAGAUCGUGUGUCACCAGAUCACCUGUCCUCCCGUGGCGUGCGCCAGUCCCUCCUUCAUCGACGGAGAGUGCUGCCCGGUCUGUCUGCCUAAAGACAGUGAGGAUGGCUGGUCCCUGUGGUCCGAAUGGACUGAGUGCACUGUGACCUGUGGGACCGGUACCCAGCAGAGGGGACGGUCAUGCGAUGCCACCAGUAACCCGUGUUCUGGUCCCUCCAUCCAGACCAGGAAAUGCAGUCUUGGAAAAUGUGACAGCCGAGUUCGUCAGGACGGUGGGUGGAGCCUCUGGUCGCCGUGGUCGUCCUGCUCAGUGACGUGUGGCGAGGGUCAGAUCACCAGGAUCCGCCACUGCAACGCCCCCACGCCACAGCUGGGGGGCAAAGACUGCGAGGGCCAGGGGAGGGAGACACAACGCUGCGAGGCGAAGCCCUGUCCCAUUGACGGUCGGUGGGGGCCAUGGUCACCAUGGGCGAUCUGCUCGGCAUCCUGUGGGGGCGGAGUUAGGGGCCGGACUCGUGUCUGUAACAGCCCAGAACCCCAGUAUGGAGGGAAGAAGUGUCCAGGGGAGGCCAUUGACAGUAACGCCUGCAACAAACAGGACUGCCCUAUCGAUGGCUGUCUAUCUAAUCCAUGUUUCGGAGGGGUGGAAUGUAACAGCGCCUCAGACGGAUCGUGGGAGUGCGGUCCCUGCCCUGUUGGUUUCCGUGGCAACGGAACCCACUGCGAAGAUGUCAACGAGUGCGACAUGGUGCCGGACGUCUGCUUCAGGGCUGGCGGAGCGCCGCGCUGCAUUAACACGGACCCGGGGUUCCACUGCCUCGUCUGCCCACCCCGCUACAAGGGAACCCAGCCCUUCGGCAUGGGGGUGGAGGCCGCCAAGAAGAACAAACAGGUAUGUGAGCCGGAGAACCCCUGCAAGGACAAGACCCACAACUGUCACCGUUCUGCUGAGUGCAUCUAUCUCAGCCACUUCAGUGACCCCAUGUAUAAGUGUGAGUGCCGGAUCGGCUACGCUGGGGACGGUUUCAUCUGUGGAGAGGACUCGGACUUGGACGGGUGGCCUAAUCAGAACCUCGUGUGUCGUGCCAACGCCACCUAUCACUGCAAGAAGGAUAAUUGCCCCAGCUUGCCUAACUCCGGACAAGAGGACUUUGACAAAGACGGUCAGGGCGAUGCUUGCGACACGGAUGAUGACAACGAUGGAAUCGUGGAUGAGAGAGACAACUGUCCCCUCCUGUACAACCCUCGUCAGUUUGACUUUGACAAGGACGAUGUUGGCGAUCGCUGUGACAACUGCCCGUAUGAACACAACCCCGCCCAGAUCGACACCGACCACAACGGAGAAGGAGACGCCUGCGCUGUUGACAUUGACGGAGACGAAAUCCUGAACGAGCAAGACAACUGCCCCUAUGUGUACAACACCGACCAGAAGGACACCGACAUGGAUGGAGUUGGUGACCAGUGUGAUAACUGCCCACUGCUACAUAAUCCUGACCAGGCUGAUACGGACAACGACCUUGUGGGAAACCAGUGCGAUAACAACCAGGACAUCGAUGAGGACGGUCACCAGAACAACCUGGACAACUGCCCUUACAUCGCCAACUCCAACCAGGCGGACCACGACCAGGACGGCAAGGGAGACGCCUGUGACUUUGAUGACGACAACGACGGUAUCCCUGACGACAAGGACAACUGUAGAUUGACGCCCAACAAAGAUCAACUGGACAGUGAUGGUGACGGUAGAGGCGACGCCUGCAAAGAUGACUUUGACAAUGACAACAUUCCGGACAUCUUUGAUGUGUGUCCGGAAAACAACGCUGUUAGCGUCACAAACUUCCGGAAGUUUCAGAUGGUGCACCUGGACCCCAAGGGAACCGCACAGAUCGACCCCAACUGGGUGGUCAGGCAUCAGGGCAAGGAGCUGGUACAGACGGUUAACUCCGACCCUGGCAUUGCUGUUGGCUUUGACGAGUUCAACGCGGUGGACUUUAGUGGGACGUUCUAUGUCAACACAGACCGGGACGACGACUAUGCAGGCUUUGUGUUUGGUUACCAGUCAAGCGGUCGCUUCUACGUGGUGAUGUGGAAGCAGAUCACCCAGACCUACUGGGAAGACAAACCCUCCAAGGCCUUUGGGAUCUCUGGUGUCUCCCUCAAGGUGGUCAACUCCUCUACUGGCUCGGGCGAGAACCUGCGAAAUGCCCUGUGGCACACAGGCAACACUAAAGAUCAGGUCCGAACUCUCUGGCACGAUCCAAAGAACAUUGGCUGGAAGGAUUACACUGCCUACAGGUGGCACCUAAUCCACAGACCAAAGACUGGUUUCAUCAGGGUUGUGGUUUAUGAAGGGAAACAGAUCUUGGCAGAUUCAGGACCAGUGUAUGACAAGACAUAUGCUGGCGGACGGUUAGGCCUGUUUGUCUUCUCCCAGGAACUGGUGUUCUUCUCCGAUCUCAAAUACGAGUGCAGAGAUGAGCCAGAGUUUCCAACUGUGUAGUCCAUCAGAUAACUGAAAACUUCAAAUGGCUGAAGAACCGGAAACUGACAGCAUGAUCACCAGUCAUUUGCUGAUUGGUUUCCAGCAAUGAAAUGGAGCUUCAGCUUGGCCCCCUCCAACGUUUUUAUCUUCUAACAUUCCAUUGAAGGGGCGGCCAUGGGCUUGUGAGAAAAGACAUUUCCUUGUGAAGUGAAAACAGAUGAUAAGUGGACAGACGUAAAAGACCUUUUAAAAGGAAUCUAUAACUAACUGAUGUUGACAACAUAUUAUAGGGAUAUUUUGUACAACCACUUUUGUGCUUUACUCCAAAUUAUUUUCUUAACUUUCUACAGCUUCACAUUAAUGAAAGUAAAUACUCAAUUCUUGUUAUUCAGUAAACAUUGACAUUGUUCGUGAUGGAAAAGAUAGCAACUUGAGGCUGAGUACAAUGUACAGUAAAGGCAUCUAGGUUGCUCAGCAACUACAGGUCUCUGUAUUGACCACAGCAGUUUCAGGCAUGCAGUAAAAAAUUGGAUCAAUUUGAAUAUUAACUGCCAAAAAAUCUGCCGAACUUUGAAACGAUACAAAUGCACACUGAUCUAUGUUGCUAACUUGAAAGAAGUUAUAUUUUGUAUUGUUUAUUAUACCAUCCUGAAUGCAAUUCUGUUAAAAGGGUCUGAGUUACUAAUUUAAAAUGUUUGUCAAACUCCAAAAAGGUUGACUGUGACUCAUUUUAUAGCAUUUUAAAAUACUUUGGGAUAAAGAUGUUUAUACUAAGUUUGUAUUAUAAUUUCUUUCAUAAAUUAUUAUCGUGAGUUUAUGUUUUGAUCGAUUUUUGUUUGCUUUUUUUUUUGCGAUUGUAAAUAAUUUAUUUAUUUGUAUACACUGACGAAAUUUCACAAUUGAAGUACAACAGUAAAAAGUGCUGGAUAUCAGCAGAAAUAUUUCUCAAACAUCAGCAUAAAAAUACACUAUCACAAACUUUAUAAUAUGCAGUGUUUUGUCAUGUGUGACUGGAUGGGUAUGUUCGUCAAAUGCUCAUCAUGUUUGUCAAAUGGCCUUUUGUCGCUCAGAUAAACGAAACAAAAAUGUGGUGGUUUUGGACGAAGAGGGAAGUUGUAGUUUGGGUUAGUAGUAGCAUGCUAGAAAAGUCUGUGGGGCAAAACCUUUAGUGGUAAGGAAGUGAGGAUGAUGUAAGAAUGCUGCAGUCCAUCGACAUAAUGGUCGGAGUUUUUGGGGGGAUGGUUGUAGUAGCAGUAUGUGUGAGAAAGCAACAGUGAUUAUUAUGUAAAUGGUUCACAGCAUCCUUGACCUUGACAGCUGAAGCGCUGAGGUUUCCGUGCGUACGCCUGAUGUGACCGGGAGUUUUUCAGAUGGGACGCAAUGAAAACACUUAAAACUUUAUUUAAAUGUAAACGUGUCUUUCACUUGUCAACGAUAAAACAGAUGAGCAUGAGAACCUUUUUGUAUUGAGUGACCAAAAAAUUAAAACAGCCUUUCUAGAAUCUAUGUAAUCAAAUUAAAAGGUUCUUGUAACGUUUGGUUGAAUUAUAUGAAUCAAGGAUAUUUGCAAUGUAUAGCUUUUUAGUUGUCAUUAGUCUGUACAGCAUUUAUUGUUGUUGAUUAUAUUUUUUGUGGUUAAUACCUAGCUUUGUUAUAUUUUGAGGGUUUUUGCAAUGCACACAUUUUUUCUGGUAUUGGUUUGAUGUUAGAUCUACAUUUUCUAGAAAUAUACUUUUUUCCCCACUUAAGAGAUUCUCUUGUUUGAUAAAUAAAUUGUUUGU